UCUCCCACUCUCCACUAUUCUCUCCCACAUUGUCUCUCAAACUUCAAAGUUGAAUCUUUUUUAACCUUCUCUUCUCUUAUGGAAGAUCAUACCAAACAUCAUCACAAUCCUUUCCUCUAUUUUCCAUUGCUUCUACUUCACAAACUUCACCAUUUUCUUCACAACUUCAAAAAAAAAAUCCUCUCCAUUCUCUUCAAGCUUCCAACAUCCUUCUUUGCUCUUCUCGUUCUCUUCCUAUUAGCUUACAAUGCUUUCACCGUUUUCUGCAUUCACAUUCCUCAUCAUUACUCCCCACACAAACCUCUCCUUCUUCCUCCACCAUCACACACCAAAACCAAACUCUCUUCGUCUGUUUUCUUCGCCCACAAGGAAGAUAAUUCACCAAUCAUCAACAAAACUCAUUUCCCUCUUCUCCACAAAAUCUCCAUUCACAAAUUCAAGAGAGUUAAAAAACACAAACGUGGCCUAAAAACCUUGCACUCUGACACAAAAUUUCCACUUUUUCAAAAAAGACUUGGUGCAUUUUUCAAUGGAAAUUCUUCUUCAUGUUCUUGCAAGUUGAGAUUUUUUAUGACUUGGAUUUCACCCUUGAAAGCAUUUGGUGAUAGAGAAUUGUUAUCAGUUGAAAGCUUGUUCAAGUCACACCCAAAAGCUUGUUUGGUGAUAGUCUCAAAGUCAAUGGAUUCUGAUAAAGGAACUCAAAUUCUAAGACCCUUUGUGAAAAAUGGUUUUAGAGUCAUUGCAAUUGAACCUGAUUUCAACUAUAUAUUCAAAAACACUCAUGCAGAAUCAUGGUUUAAUCGUUUAAUACAAGGGAAUGUAAAUCCAGGUGAAAUUUCAUUAGGCCAAAACCUCUCAAAUUUACUUAGACUUUCUCUCUUGUAUAAAUUUGGAGGCAUUUAUAUAGAUGCUGAUAUAAUAAUCAUGAAGAGUUUUUCAAAAUUCAGAAACACUAUUGGAGCACAGAACAUUGAUGUGAAAACAAAGAAAUGGAGUCGUUUGAACAAUGCUGUGUUGAUAUUUGAUAAAAAACACCCUUUGCUUUUGAAGUUUAUUGAGGAAUUUGCACUUACUUUUGAUGGUAACAAGUGGGGGCAUAAUGGUCCUUAUUUAAUAUCUAGAGUGGUUUCUAGAGUAAGUGGAAGAGAAGGGUAUAAUUUCAGUGUGGUUCCACCUUCUGCAUUUUAUCCUGUGGAUUGGAGAGGUAUAAAGAGUUUGUUUAGAGGACCUGGUGAUGAGAUUCAUUCAAAAUGGUUGGUUAAGAAAAUGGUGCAAAUUAGAAAAGAAAGUUAUGCAGUGCAUCUUUGGAAUAGGCAAAGUGGGAAGCUUGAGGUUGUUAAAGGAAGUAUUAUUGAUAGCAUUAUAUCUAGUUGUUGCAUUUUUUGCAACACUUAUUAGGUUCUUAAUUAAGUUUGUAGUUAGUGUCUUAGAAUUACUAGUUUAAAGUUUAAACAAUGGUUGUGUUGCAACUUGCAACUUAUAAUUAGUCAUGGACCAAUUGUGUAUUUGGAGAAAAAUUAUAUUUUAGAUGGUUAAAGUUGGUUAAUUGGAGAACUAUAAUAGAUAAUAAUUAAGGGGUUAGUUGAACUCUU